AUGCCCUGCGCGGCUGACAUCGCCGCCCUCUGCCCCAACGCCACCUCCUCCACCACCAUCUCCUCUGCUGUGUCGCAUGCGGCGCAGGGAGUGGUGGUGGCGGAGGUGGGGCAGUGCCUGGUGGACCAGCCGCUGGCAAAGCUGAGCAGCGAGUCGUGCCGGCAGCUGGUGGCCGUGGUGGGCGUGGCGGGCGCGCAUGUGGGCGGGGUGGUGGACGAGGCCCGCCUCGAAUCCACUCUCGCUGAGAUCGCUCAGGUGAGGCUGCUGGAGGUUGCACAUGUGGCACAGAUCGCUCAGGUGAUGCUGGUGGGGGUUGCACAUGUGGCACAGAUUGCUCAGGUGAUGCUGGUGGGGGUUGCACAUGUGGCACAGAUUGCUCAGGUGAUGCUGGUGGGGGUUGCACAUGUGGCACAUAUUGCUCAGGCUGUAGUGGGGUAG